AUGGACGAAAAUACUCUGAAAAUAAAUAUACCGCAGAUGGAAAGGACAAUACGCGAGGUUACAGAAAAAAUCAGACUGAAGACAAAAUGGAUUAAUGUUCCCAAAGUGCCUGAGAUCGAACCUCUAGAGGAGAUGAAGGCAAAAGAGGAAGAAGUUAUGGAGAUAAAGAGAGAGGAGCAGGAGAGGAUGGACAGAAUAAAAUCAGUAUGGGAAUUUAAAGAAUAUUGUGCAGACUUAUUGGCCCAAAAAUUGCGGGAAAGAGAUGACACAAACGCAAAGCUCAUAGAAUCAAUAGAGAAGGACCUCAAGAAUCUGGAAGGGGAAGAUGCCCAAGAUUAUAUAAAUCACGCUCUGGACUCUGGUGUACCAAAAGAAUACAUCAAAGAAAACAUUUAUCGGCCUAUCGGAUUAGGUGCAGUAACACCUGAGAGCGGAAGAUCUGAAGGCCAUCAUACCGCAUCCACAAGAAAGCUUUUCGAUACUUCUAGCUCUGUUAUUAAAGAGCCUGAACAGUUACCAUCCUCAAAAAAAAUCGAAAUCGUUGUGGCUCACCAUCGCGAAGCGCUCGAGUGGCUUGGUCCAUUUCUCAGUCACCCGGGGGUUAAGAUUUCUAUCUAUUCGAAAGGUGGCAAGAAACUUCCUCCAAUGUUUCACGCUCAUACCAAAUAUCUCCGUGAUGACGUCGGUGUGGGGCACACCUAUCUCUAUCAUAUAGUGACCAGAUAUGACACCCUCCAAGAUGUUACAGUAUUUUGUAAGGUAAAUCGUGACUUCUAUCUUCUAGACUCAUAA